AUGGCGCUGAACUUGGAGAAGCAGUUGCUUUUCUAUGGGGCUUACCACAGCAACCCGGUGAACGUGGCAAUUCACAUCACCUGUGUCCCGAUCCUGCUGUUCACUGGUAUUGCUCUGGUACGAGUGUCCGCGAUAUCCCUUCAACGCGAAGAAUACGAACUAACACAACGUUGUCGAUCUCAACAGGCUUGCAACAGCCCGUCGUUGUUCUCUGUCCCAGAUUUUCUGAGUGUCGAAUACCUUCCUCCGAAUCUCGGCACCAUUGGCGCAUUCAUUUACUCAAUAUUUUACGUCUUACUCGAACCGGUCGCAGGCGGCCUGAUCGCACCGCUGGUCAUCGGCUCCGCAGCAUGCGGUAACUACCUCCUCGGAAGCCACGGAAUGAUUGUGAACUACUGGGCAGCAGGCAUUCAUAUCGUGUCAUGGCUGGCACAGUUCGUUGGACAUGGUAAAUUUGAGGGACGGGCCCCGGCGCUCCUGGAUAACUUGGUCCAGGCGCUGUUGCUGGCACCUCUGUUUGUGUGGAUGGAGAUUCUCUUUUUCUUUGGAUAUCGGCGUGAGCUGAAGCAACGGAUGGAUAAGAGUGUGGAGAUCGAGAUUGAGAAGUUUCGCAAGGAGAAAGAGCAAAAGGCCAAGGAAGCGAAGUGA